CUCUCUGUGUGUGUGUGUCUGUGCGUCUGUGUGUGUGUGUGUAAUUUGGCCCCAUGGCCCGACUUGCUCCAAUAAUUUGGAAGUUGUUUUUUUCCUAAUCUCCCAAAUCCUGGAACUUGGGGCUCCUUUAGGGCUGCAAUCUGAGCCUUUUUAUGCCUCCUUUUUCACUGAAGAAGACGAUGCAAAAAUUUGAUUGCACCAGGUAAUUUUCAUUGCACAAGAUAAAUUUCCAUAGCACAAGGAUACUUUGAAUGGCACAAGGAUAAUUUCCAUUGCACAAGGGUAAUUUCGGUUCAUUGAAUCAGAUGGCCCACCUCCCCUGAAUACCCUGCACCUCUCCCUUUCUUGCCUCCUCUCUUCCUCUUCAUUCUUUCUUUCUCUCCUUCCCCCGUCACAAAUUCUCUUCCUCCCUUGUUCUCGGAUUUCCCUUUCCUCAUUUCCCUGUCUGCUUUUCCAUUCUCCCUCCCCAGUAAUCCCCUAAUGCCCCAGUCCAGCCCCUCCUUUGCUCCAGCUGUGCAAGGGGGGGAGGAAUCCAGUCCACCUUUGUGUCUGAAGAGGAGCAGAUCCAGCUCGCAUUGAUUACUAGCUAUCCGGUGGGAUCAAGUCUCUCUGGGGUCUCCUUUUUGGGGUCUGCCCUCCCAAAUGUCUCUUCCUAGAAGCAGCAGAUACAUCGCAGAAGUCCCUGAUGGAUGCUUUCUGUGAUAGGAAGAGGGACAGCAGGAGCUGGCAACAGUAGUCCUGGAAAUCUUGCAAAGCCUGUCACGGGGAAAGAAAAAGAAAUGGCAGAAAAUAAAGAGAGGAAUCCUAAAAAUUCCGAUGUGAGACCCAAAACCAGCCGGAGCAGAAGUGCGGACCGGAAAGAUGGAUAUGUAUGGAGUGGAAAGAAGCUUUCCUGGACAAAAAGGAGUGAGAGCAGCAUGGAUGCGGAAACAGCCAGUACCUCAGGAAAGUCCACAUUUAGUUUAAGGAGCCAGGAGACAAAGCACAGUUGUUCCUCAACUGAGCUGGACUUGGAACGUUCCUGUGGCCACCGCUUCCUAGGCCGUUCUCUUAAGCAGAAGCUCCAAGACGCGGUGGGACAGUGUUUUCCCAUCAAGAAUUGUAGCAGCCGGCACUCUGCAGUGCUCCCCUCCAAGAGGAAAAUACAUAUCAGCGAGCUUAUGCUUGACAAGUGUCCUUUUCCGCCACGAUCCGAGCUAGCCUUUCGGUGGCAUCUGAUUAAACGACACACCGCUCCGGUGAAGCAGAAAUCUGAAAGUUGGCUCAGUAUGGAGUCCUCCCUGGAUGAAGGGAUGGAGGGGGAACUGAGAGACCUUGAGGGUACAGAUGGAGGAGGGUCUGUGAUUUCACAGGCGUGUAACAUGAGCGACAGCGCUUCCUGCCGGUGUGAUCCCCGGGGUGAGCUGGCCCUGGGUCGGCAGCUCAAGAACAGCAGGGAGGACAGCGACAUGGACUCCGAUGACGAAGCGGUGACCCUUUGCACUAGCUCUCGGAAAAGGAACAAGCCACGAUGGGAAACGGAUGAUGAACUGCUGCAACUGGAAACGCCUCCCAAGUAUCAUACUCAGAUCGAUUAUGUGCACUGUCUCGUCCCUGACCUCCUUCAGAUCAAUAAUAAUCCAUGCUACUGGGGAGUGAUGGAUAAAUAUGCUGCCGAAGCACUUCUGGACGGAAAGCCCGAGGGCACUUUUUUGCUACGAGACUCUGCUCAGGAAGAUUACUUGUUUUCUGUCAGUUUUCGCCGCUACAGCCGUUCCCUUCAUGCCAGGAUUGAGCAGUGGAAUCAUAAUUUCAGCUUUGAUGCUCAUGACCCAUGCGUCUUCCAUUCUCCGGACAUUACUGGGCUUUUAGAGCAUUACAAAGAUCCAAGCUCAUGUAUGUUCUUCGAGCCACUUCUCUCCACGCCAUUGAACAGGACUUUCCCCUUUUCUCUUCAACAUAUAUGCAGGACUGUUAUAUGUAACUGUACCACUUAUGAUGGCAUAGAUGCCCUUCCUAUUCCGCCCUCUGUCAAGUUAUAUUUGAAAGAAUAUCAUUAUAAGUCAAAAGUCAGAGUCCUGAGGAUUGAUGUACCAGAGUAACAACCCUAGAGGACAUUUGAAAAGAGGCCUUUCUGGUUGUUUAGUCCAGUUCUGUUCUGUUUAGGGAUUUAUUUGUUUGUUUGGGGGUUUUUCUUGUCAAUUUCUUUUCCUGAAAAUCUGUUUAAUAGCCCAAAUUGAACUCUGCCUGAGCCUUAUGGCCCAAACAGGGUUUUUUAAUUCCCCUGCCUCAUUGAGCAGGUUUUUUGUGAACACACACUAUAUGUGAUUUUAGGAUUAGUAAUAUUCUGUGAGAUUUUAUGGGACUUCAGGUAGUUUUUUGUUUGUUUUUACUGAAACCUAAGCUUUCAGAUUUGAAGCUGAGUCAGAAAUGAAUUUGACUUGCCUUUUAUAAACUGAUUUAUAUGCGGUACUAGCAUGUUUUGAAACACUGUUAUCUGACAUUUCCUCAAGAGUGACUAAUUUGUAUUUUAUACCUUUAUUUGAAAAUUAGUACUUUGUCCUCUCUAAAAAAAAGUAAAAGUAAAACGAAUAACUCUGUUUACAUUG